UGAAAUGCGAAAUGUACAUGCAUAAAUACUUUUGUAAUACAGCAGAACCUAACUAGUUGACAUUUUUUUCGGUUGGAUUUCAGAUCACAAAAUUUAGAAUUGUGCAGAUAUGUACAAAUUAAUUUUAACUGUUUUGGCAUUUUGCCUUAUCCAAACAUGUGCAGCAAAGACGGUUCCGUCGCAAGGGUACCAGUCCUUCGACGGGUACCAAGUGAUAAGAGCUCAGGCCAGAACACUUGAGCAAGGAAUGUCUCUUAUUAACCUGCAGAGGGACCACCCAAGCCUCGAUUUCUGGAAAGAACCAUCUUUGACUGAUGACACUGAUUUUAUGGUUCCAUCUGACAAAAUUUUAGAAAUAUCGCAGUAUCUCUCCCUUCAUAAUGUUGAAUUUUAUCCAUUAAUCAAAGAUGUUGGACAAUUGAUAGCGAGCCAAUAUGACGGAUAUCAGAUGACAGGGGUUCGAGAACCUAUUAGUUGGACAAAAUAUCACAACUUGGCCACGAUGUACGAGUGGUUUCAAAAUUUGACCGAAGCACACUCCUUCGUUCAUGUUUAUACCAUAGGACAAAGCACAGAGGGACGCGACAUUAAAGUUGUUCGGUUAUCAAAAGAUCCAUCGGCGAAUAAGCCUGCCAUGUUUAUAGAUUCAGCUAUCCAUGCUCGCGAAUGGAUUUCAUUGGCAACGGUCAGCUAUAUCAUGAACCAAAUUGUGAACAACCCUGAAGACAACGCUCUCCUGGAUGACGUGGAUUUUUACUUUUUGCCAAUCAUAAACCCAGAUGGAUACGAGUACACUUUCACAACAAAUCGGAUGUGGAGAAAAACAAGGUCCCGAAAUUCUGCCUCAUGCUACGGUGUGGAUGCCAAUCGAAAUUACGAUUACGAGUGGAGUUCAUGCUCUGGAUGCAGCAGUGGCGUCUGUACUUCGGAGACCUUUAGAGGGGACACGCCAUUUUCCGAACCAGAAACGGAGGCCAUGAGGGUUUUCAUUGAACAAUCAAAACAAAGUGGAGUCAACUUCCAGAGUUACAUUAGUGUUCACAGCUACGGACAGUACUUUAUGCUUCCUUGGGGUUACACACCAGCUCCUCCAGCAGAUUACGAAGAAUUGCAAAUGGUAGCAAAUUAUGUUGCUGGAAACAUAUCGGCCGUUUACGGAACUGAGUAUACUACCGGAAGCUCCUCAACCACUAUUUAUCCAACGGAUGGAACCAGUCAAGAUUGGGCAUACGGCACAGGCUUGUUUAAAUACGUGUACACUGCGGAGCUUCGAGAUAAGGGGAUCUAUGGGUUUAUUCUUCCUCCGACCCUGAUUCUUCCCACGGCUGAAGAAACCUGGGCUGGCUUCAAGGUAGUUGCAAAGCACAUUAUCGGAAAAUAAUUCAUUCGCCAAUUAUUCCGAUUACAUUUUGUGUAUUGACUUAAAAUGAUCCAAAAUAAUCAUUUGAAUAAAGCAAUUUAUAUCAUGCAUUGAAAAAAU